GUGCUAUUAGCGCCCCCAAAGCAGAGGACAAUCUAUGCGUGCAUUAACAAGUUAGGAGAGCGUGAAAGAUGACCUCUCGGUGGCUCAAGCACCGGAAAUUCAUUAGGGCGGUCAAGGUCACUUUUAGAGGCAGUAUUAUUACACUUCGGGUUUAGAGGGACAAACGGGGGCACAACAAAUCCGAGGUUGGGUCCGGAAUCUAAAAGGGCAGAUGCCAAGAUGCGACUGGUUCUGAGGUUUUGGAGAGGAGCCAGCCUGGGAUGGGGGGUUGGGCAGGCGAGCAAGAAAUGGAGAACGACCUGGAGCCAAAGAAUCGAUGUCAGAUUCUUAAUUGGUUGGACAGCAUUCCGGAGGCGAAAAAUGGGGUUGAUCUGCACCAGGUUCGCGGCUGGCAUCAUGGCAGAAAGGGCCUUCACGAAUCCUUACCCAGAUUAUAGCAAAUCCCAGGCCGCGGGAUACUUUGACACUUCAGGGAGGCUUACUCCUGAGUUCUCACAACGUCUAAACAGUAAGAUUCGAGAGCUGCUUCAGCAGAUGGAACUAGGACUGAAAUCAGCUGACCGACGGGACUGCACUGUCUACACCGGAUGGGCAGGCAUCGCUCUGCUCUACUUACAUCUCUAUGAUAUGUAUGGAGACCCAGUCUACCUACAGAUGUCCCAUGAAUAUGUGAAAAAGAGCUUAUGCUCCCUGACCAAGCGUACCAUCACCUUCCUUUGUGGGGAUGCUGGCCCUUUGGCAGUGGGAGCUGUGGUAUACCACAAGAUGGGGAAUGAGAAACAAGCAGAGGACUGCAUCUCUCGCCUUCUCCACUUGAUUAAGAUUGACCCCCGAGCUCCCGAUGAAAUGCUCUAUGGACGUAUGGGCUACAUUUUCGCUUUGCUUUUUGUGAACAAGUACAUUGGACAAGAUAAGAUAGCUCAACACUAUAUCAGACAGAUUUGUGAUAUGGUCAUAUCUUCCGGUGAAAAUCUUGCCAGAAAGAGAAACUUCAUUUCAAAGACACCACUGAUGUAUGAAUGGUAUCAAGAAUAUUAUGUAGGGGCUGCCCAUGGACUGGCAGGUAUUUACUACUACUUGAUGCAGCCUAGCCUUCAGGUAAGCCAAAUGAAGUUGCACAGUACGAUCAAGCCCAGUGUAGACUACGUCUGCGAGCUGAAAUUCCCUUCUGGCAACUACCCUCCGUGUGUGGAUGAUUCCAGAGAUCUCCUUGUCCACUGGUGCCAUGGGGCCCCUGGGGUUAUCUACAUGCUCACCCAGGCAUACAAGGUAUUCAAUGAGGAGAAGUAUCUCAACGAUGCCUUGAAGUGUGCUGAUGUGAUCUGGAAGUUUGGGUUACUCAAAAAAGGAUACGGGUUGUGUCAUGGUGCUGCAGGCAAUGCAUAUGCCUUCCUGACAUUAUACAAACUCACCCAUGAUGUGAAAUACCUAUACCGAGCUUGUAAGUUUGCUGAAUGGUGCCUAGAUUAUGGUGAGCAUGGAUGCAGGAUUCCUGACACGCCUUUCUCUCUAUUUGAAGGAAUGGCUGGAACAAUUUAUUUCCUGUCUGACCUGCUUGUCCCAACAAAAGCCAGAUUCCCAGCUUUUGAAAUAUAAACGGCCAAACUUAUCCCCACGGCUCAUUGCUUAUCCAUCAGUACCCAUGCAAACACUGGGCUAAGUGAGUCCAUUACUUUUCACCUACCCUUCUCAACUAAAGAGAGCAAAUUCUCUGUGUUUAAAAUAAUUGGUCUUUUUCACUCUAAUUUUCAGUUCAGUACAUUUUGGGGCAUGUUCUUUUAUUUAAAAAGAUCAGGGGGAAAAAAGUUCAGGCUUUCCUAAAUGAGUGAAAUAUACAGUAUUUUGUUGGAAACAAACAUAUUUUAGAAUUUGCAAGAAACUGCUCGUUAUUUAAGCCUUUCGACGUGAUUUAAUGUUUAUACAGUUCUCACUAUGGUAAUAAAAACUGAAACUGAAUUGUAGUUAAAGAUUAAUACAUAACUGUUAGUGGAUAGCACCACUUCUUAAAUAUUCAUUUUUCUUUGGACUGUAGAAAAGAUAUUAUUAUAGCCAUGCUUCUCUGUGGAUGGCUAACUCUCAGAGGGGAAGGGAGCAGAGAUAUAUUUCCUCUAGAAAAUUGCAGAAGCCACAAGCUGAACCAAGGAUACAUGACUCCUUUCUUAAUUCACAUUGUCUACUUGGAGUUUACUUAAUGAACACUUUUUUUUUUUAUUAGUGGAUCUUAGCUAGCAUUUGUAUACAAUUCCCAAAUUUUUUUUAAAACCUUAAAAUCUAAUAAUCAAUUUAAAAUUUUUAUUUUAAUGUUUUGAUAAAGUUCAAAGUAUGCUAAUAAUUACACAUAAUAUUUGGCUCUAGAAAAAUGUUCUGAAUUUAGGAAAUGCUUAUUUAAAAUAGGUGGAUAUUUUGGUUGUUACCAUGUGAUCAGUGAAACACAUUUUUGUUUACUAAUUUAUUGUGAAUUUUUCCCUCCCUGAGUCUUUACUUGUAUUUUAUUUGCCUUGUGAUCACUGUGCUUUAUUGCUGCUUGCUAAUGCUGUAGAGUAGUUUAACAUCUGUCAAGUUGUGCAAGCCUGAUAUCAUUAACCAGAGUAGCACUUAUCCCACUUUUGUUACAAAGGCCAAGAAAAAUCCACCCAGCCAACUACUUGAAAACAGAGCUCCUCAGCAUUUGGUAGAAGCUCUGUUUAGCUGUAGGUAUUAUCUAGUGAGGUCAGCUAGGUGACACAUUGGAUAGAGUGCCAGGCCUGGAGUCAGGAAGAACUGAGUUCAAAUCCAGCCUCAGAUACUUACUAGUUGUGUGACCCUGAGUAAAUCAGUUAACCCUGUUUGCCU